CGGAACCAUGGUGAGCGAGUCCUCGGGGUCGGGCGCCGGCGCCCCCUGGCGGCGAAGAGACGAAGCGCUGCGCGUGAACGUGGGCGGCGUGCGGCGGCGGCUGAGCGCCCACGCCGUGGCGCGCUUCCCGGGCACGCGGCUGGGCCGCCUGCAGGCCGCGGCGUCCGAGGAGCAGGCGCGGCGCCUGUGCGACGACUACGACGCGGGGACGCGCGAGUUCUACUUCGACCGGCACCCGGGCUUCUUCCUGGGCCUGCUGCACUUCUACCGCACCGGCCACCUGCACGUGCUGGACGAGCUGUGCGUGUUCGCCUUCGGCCAGGAGGCGGAUUACUGGGGCCUGGGCGAGAGCGCGCUGGCCACGUGCUGCCGGGCGCGCUACCUGGAGCGGCGCGUGGCGCGGCCCCGCGCGUGGGACGAGGACAGCGACACGCCGAGCAGCGUGGACCCGUGCCCGGAUGAGAUCUCGGACGUGCAGCGCGAGCUGGCGCGCUACGGCACGGCGCGCUGCGGCCGCCUGCGCCGCCGCCUGUGGCUCACCAUGGAGAACCCGGGCUACUCGCUGCCCAGCAAGCUCUUCAGCUGUGUCUCCAUCGGCGUGGUGCUCGCCUCCAUCGCCGCCAUGUGCAUCCACAGCCUGCCCGAGUACCAGGCGCGGGAGGCCGCGGCCGCCGUGGCCGCCGUGGCCGCGGGCCGCAGCGCGGAGGAGGUGCGCGACGACCCGGUGCUUCGACGGCUCGAGUACUUCUGCAUCGCCUGGUUCAGCUUCGAGGUGUCGUCUCGCCUCCUGCUGGCGCCCAGCACGCGCAACUUCUUCUGCCACCCGCUCAAUCUCAUCGACAUCGUGUCCGUGCUGCCCUUCUACCUCACGCUGCUGGCCGGGGCGGCGCUGGGCGAACGGGGCGGCGCCAGCGGCGAGGAGUUGGGGGACCUGGGCAAGGUGGUGCAGGUGUUCCGGCUCAUGCGCAUCUUCCGCGUGCUCAAACUGGCGCGCCACUCCACCGGGCUUCGAUCGCUGGGUGCCACGCUCAAGCAUAGCUACCGCGAGGUGGGCAUCCUACUGCUAUACCUGGCCGUGGGUGUGUCCGUGUUCUCCGGCGUAGCCUACACGGCGGAGGAGGAGGAGAACGUGGGCUUUGACACCAUCCCGGCCUGCUGGUGGUGGGGCACGGUGAGCAUGACCACGGUGGGCUACGGGGAUGUGGUGCCGGUGACGGUGGCUGGCAAGCUGGCUGCCUCGGGCUGCAUCCUUGGAGGCAUUCUGGUGGUCGCACUCCCCAUCACCAUCAUCUUCAACAAGUUCUCCCACUUCUACCGGCGCCAGAAGGCUCUGGAGGCAGCCGUGCGCAACAGUGGCCAGCGGGAAUUUGAGGACAUCCUGAGUAGCAUGGAUGGGGUGUCGGAGGUGUCUCUAGAGACAUCCCGAGAGACCUCACAGGAGGGACGGUCUGCAGACCUGGAGAGCCAGGCCCCCAGUGAGCCUGCAAAGUCUCAGAGUUAUUAAACCCAUCGUUCUGCAUCCCCUCUCCUCAGCCAGCUGGAACUAGCAGAGCCCUUCCCCCCCCGGCCCAGGUUCUUCAUGGGGGUGGGCUUCCUAGGACUUCUUGUGCCCAGCCUGAAGUCAGACCCAGGAACUGCGUACUUUCUUGCAAAGGCCCGGGGCAGUAAGGGCAG